AGUAAUUGUACUCAGAAGGUCUCCUGGUAAAAACAAAGAUGAAAGUUUAGGUAAGAUCUUUCUAAAUUUUCGGCCGUUUCUCCCUUUCAGCCCGUUCCAAUGCCUAGAAAGCGAGCUUUUAAUGGAGUGACCUCUUUUUGUGUUAAGCAACACGUUGAGGCUUUGCAAAUGCCUUGGGUUGAACCCUACUUAACCUGUCUUGAAGGAGGCUGGAGACUAUGAAGUCCCUGGCAUCUAAUGGAAUACUUGAAGGCUUUAGAAAGAUGGUGCUCUUAUCUGCUCUAUGCAUCGCUCUUGUCAAGAAGAGAGAGCUGAAAAGUAAUCCCUGCAAACACAGAACAGUCCAGGAUCUGGUUGCUGUUGCUUGCUAACAGCUGAAAUUUGACCCCCAACCUGGAUUGUAUCCAUGACAACAAAAGGUAUUUAUUACACCUGCUGCUACCACUCUCUGGGAUGAGUGGACUUUGCCCCCUUCAUCAAGGAGGAAGCUGGGGGCGGAAGGCAGGCAGGGCAGCCGAGGAGGAACCAGCAUCUGCACCCCAAAACCUUCCAAAUGGUGACUGGGAACAAUUUGGCCAGGAUGGUGGCUGGGGGAAUCCUUUGGCAGAGCAGAAUGAGGUUGCUUCAUUGUUGUUUCCCCUUUUUGUCUUGCAGGCAAAGUUUCUAACCCAGGAUCAGAUCAAUGAAUUCAAGGAGUGUUUUUCCCUGUAUGACAAAAGGCAGAAAGGCAGGAUCAAGGCCAGCGAUCUUAUCGUUGUCAUGCGCAGUUUGGGCACCAGCCCAACUCUGGGAGAGGUGGCCAGGCACCUUCAGCUCCACAAGAUCGAUGUCAACGAAGAACUGGAUUUUUCAACUUUCCUGACCAUGAUGUAUAGGCAAAUGCAGCAGGAAGAUCCAAGGAAUGAAAUCCUUCUGGCCAUGUUAAUGGUAGACCAGCAAAGGACCGGGUUCAUCUCCGUGGCUGAAUUGCAGGCGAAGCUAAUGAACCUUGGAGAGAAGCUAUCCAAGGAAGAGGUGGACAACCUUUUGAAGAAUGCCAGAACAGGACACAACGGACUGGUGAAGUAUGAAGACUUAAUUCAAUCAAUCACACUUCCACUUGAUGAUUACUGAAUUGCAAAAAAGCAACCCACGCUUCUUGCAGCCUUCAUCAGUUCUUCUUGGAACCUGGGGCCUGACUGCCUUUUUGUCUUAAAAAAUAAACACUUAGUGGCAAACAAAAAGAAAUAUGUUAAACAAUGAAAGAAAAGCAGAAAUGUUAGCUUUUCUGAGUAAAAUCUACUAUGCUUAUUUUCUGUUCGAGUGAAGUUUCUUUGGUUUUUUUUUAAGUAAUCAAAAAGAAGGUGCUCACAAACUGGAAAUACUUUUCAGUAUCGUGCAAUCCAUAAAGUUUGCUUUUUGUGAGGAAGCACAUUGCAAGGAGUCAGAUCAGAUUAACAGAGUUGGAAGGGACCUUGUAGGUCAGCUAGUCCAA